UAUCGCUCCAUGAGGAUUCAAGACGCCUGCCUCCUCCGGUAUUGACAUAAGAGUGCAAGCAAGUAUAAAGGCUGUAGUCACUGUCUAGUGGGGUCACUCCCUCCUAAACCUAGAUCAAGAGCAAGACCCAGAUGAUGGCAGCCUUACAAGUUUUUGAGGAGCUUGAUGUCCUCGAGGAUGCUGCAGGGGAAAGGGUCAGACUGCCGAGAAGGAUUGUGAAGGAUCGCUUGGAUUUAUUCCUGACUUUGACUGAAGAGGAAUUUACAUCCAGGUUCAGGAUAUCAAAGCAAAGCGCAAGGGCCUUACUUGCUGACUUACAUUUACCAGAGGCAGCUGAUGCAAGAGGAUGUCCUGUACCACCUCACCUUCAACUCCUCAUCACCUUAAGAUGGAUGGCUACUGGUGAUCUGCACCAAACUAUUGGAGAUUGCCUGGAUGUCUCUCAGCAGUUUGUAAGUUCAUGCUCUUCACGUACUGUGCGUGCCAUUGCUGCUUUAUAUCAGCGGUAUGUAAAGUUUCCUGGAAGGCAUGAGUUAGGGUCCAUCAAGACAAACUUUGAAGCAAUCUCUGGAUUCCCAGGUGUCAUUGGUGCAAUAGACUGCACACACAUUCCCAUUCUCAGUCCAGGUGGUCAGCAAGCAGAAACUUACCGAAGCAGAAAGGGCUUCUUUUCAUUAAAUGUACAAGCAGUGUGUGGUCCAGACUUAACAUUUUAUAAUAUUAUUUGUCGAUGGCCAGGAUCAGUCCACGCCAGCAGAAUAUUUGCUAAUAGUUCUCUGUUUGCUCAAUUGCAAGCUGGCGAUUACAAUGGCCAUUUGUUAGGGGACUCAGCCUACCCUCUUCGUCCCUUUCUUAUGACUCCUGUUGGGAAUCCAUCACGGCCAAAUGAAGGACGAUAUAACUUGGCUCAUGCUAAAACCCGUAAUGUAAUAGAGAGAGCAUUUGGAGUGUGGAAACGACGAUUCCGUUGUCUGGCCAUUCCUAUGCGUACAAGCCUGGACACAACCAUGGCCACAAUCUGCAGUGCAGCUGUUUUGCACAACAUUGCAAUGGCAGACAGGAAUGAAGAUAUGGAAGAUUAUGACAAUGAUAUUAUAAAUGAAGAGGAAAGACUCAUUGAGAAUGCACAAAAUAGACAUGCAGGACAGAGGAAGAGGGCAAACAUGAUAAAUAAUGUAGUAUUUUCAAAUGAAUAACAUGAAAUGAUAUAAAUGUUAGGGACCAAUUUUUGCUGCCCAAAUAGUGAUAAAAGUAAACUGUUGUCUGUAUCUUUUUUGGGUUUUGUAAACUGAGGGAGUAAGUCAAUACAAAGGCUGCAGCCUGCAGGCA